AUGGAGCCUGAUAUCGAGCCAUGGGAUCGAUUUCGUGAUUGGCUCCAUUGUAUCUGUGUGGUGACGUUUGAUUUGGAAUUGGGACAAGCUCUAGAGGUCAUCUAUCCGGGCGACGCGAUCCUCUCGAACACUGAAAAAAUCAAUAUUUGCUAUCUGGCGUUUCCGGACUCGAACUCCAGCAACGCGCGGGACACCAAUUUUCAUUUUCGGAUCCGCAGAGCCAUCAGUGACGUCAGAAGUUGUCAGAAGACGUUCGUCGACAAAUCGCCGUCCUCUUUGCCCUUUGAUUCGCACUAUCUCUAUGGAUUUGUGCACUUUCGGCAGUGUAAAGACGCCACCAUUCAUCGUGGCUAUUAUCAGAAGAGCAUCGUGCUGAUGUCCGUCCUUCCGCUGUUCUCCCUGUUCUAUUCAGUCACCGCACGCAUCGCGGAGCACUUUUUUGAGAAUGGAGAGGCUGCUAUUGAAGCUGCCUGCCAUCACAUUGACACGUGGCAACAGCCACAGGUGGGACGGACCAUGGAAUUUCCGCUGUUGGGAACACUGAUAAGCUGUCGACUACCCGCCGCGUGUGAUCUACCGUACGAAUUUCGGCUGGAUGGACAUGUUGAGCUCUCCGACGACCGAGACGAGUCCCUCCGCCUAUUCCGACCGGAUUUCACCACCCCAGUCGUCCAACACGUCCAUCAUUUACAGCUAAUUUGGGAGUUAGUGCUACUCGGAGAACCAUUGCUCAUCGUUGCCCCGAAUCCAAUGAUCACGUCUUCUUUGGUCCAGUCGAUUGUCGGAUUACUGGCCCCAUUGAGGAUUGUCAACGAUUUUCGACCGUAUUUCACGAUUCACGAUUCGGAAUUUCGAGAAUAUUCGUCGAAAAGUCGAACACCACCACGAGUGAUUCUAGGCGUCACCAAUCCGUUUUUCAUCAAAGCUCUUGACCACUGGCCGCAUAUACUAAAAGUAGCAGAGCAAGGAGCCGAAAUUGGAGGGGACGAUAUGAAAAAGCCAAAAAAAACUUGGUCCACCUCGCGGACACUGGACACCCCGCCCGGUCUCUACACCCAAUACAAGCCAUUUCUUCAAAAAGACAAGUCUCUAGCGAAAAAGCUGCUAAAAUCUGGAAAUUCGCUGGAAAUUCAGCAUAAUAUUCUGCAGAGACACUUCCUGGAGCUCACCCAGAGCUUUAUGAUCCCGAUGGAACGAUAUUUGAGCUCGCUGAUGCCGUUGAAGAAGGAAAUGUCACCGUUUAAGGGCAUCCCGAGCACCCGUCCCUUCUCGAUGGACGACUUUUUGGCAUCCGUGGACACCAACGGUGGACCAUCGCUGACGUGUGGAACGAAAGGAGAUUGGCAAGGCGCCCAAACGUUGUCCACCAAGCACAAUGUAGAAAUUGUCGAUCUGGUCCUGAGGAUACGAGAACGAAUUCUGGAAAUUCCAUCGGAGACGGAGGCUCGGAAGAAUUUGGUAGGCAGAAAAACGAGAAAAGCACAAAAUUUGAGCCUAACAUUAAACAAUUUGGUCCGCCAAGUCGUGAAAAUCCUGUCAAACGUGGAUGACGACCUCAAACAGCUACUCAUGUCGAAUUGCUCAUUACGAGAGAUUUUGGCCUAA